AUGGGAUCGAACCUGCCUUAUGCCGCCGAUGCAGAGAGUCCUUUGCGACCAGCUGAGUUACAAGUUCUAAGAGCACAGUAUGAAAAGGAGGGCGACUACGUCGGAGUGCAGACAAAGUUCAAUUACGCAUGGGGCCUAAUUAAGUCGUCCGAGCGCUCAGAACAACAGCUUGGUGUACAGCUACUAUCAGACAUCUUCAAGACAACACCCGAAAGGCGGCGCGAGUGUCUAUACUAUCUCGCACUCGGGAACUAUAAACUGGGCAACUACGCGGAAGCAAGGCGGUAUAACGAAUUAUUAUUAGAAAAAGAGCCUGGAAAUUUGCAGUCGCAGAGCUUGCGGACAUUGAUUGAUGACAAAGUUUCGCGAGAAGGCAUGAUGGGCCUGGCUAUCGCGGGUGGUGUGGCUGUUGCUGCUGGUGUACUGGGUGGUUUCAUGAUGAGGAGUGCUCGAGCCAACAGAUGA